GGUGUGGGCUUCUGAAGUGUUGUGUUGUAAUGCAUGUAUUGGUUCAUAGCAGUUGGACAGAUUGUUUUGUGGUCAGGUCCUCAGUCUCUUCCUCCACAGUGCCCAUGCCCCACAGGGCCCCAGAUGGCAGCUGGUAGAAAGAGCAAGGCAGUUUUUUAGACUGGAAAAGAUGCUGCUGGGAUCCAGAUAUCUGCUGUGAAUGGACAUGUUGCAAAGAUCACAAUCUUUUGCACAAAAUCCAAAUUUGCCCAUUGCUGUUUUUUUAAGCUAUAGAUGACAGGACACUUUUUAGACACUAUUCCCAAGAACGCAUGCAAAUGGCCAGGAAAAGGCUGAGCUGUGUCCUUGCAUUAGCAUCACCUGAACUGUUUUAUUUGUUUCCUCCAGGAAAAGAAACACCACUACCUAUGAGUCUGCAUAUCUGUGCCACCCUGGGGAAAGUGCUGGAAACAAGUAUGGUCUGGCAAGACUCCUGAGACACUCUCAGACCUGUCACGUCACCAAAGAGUGGACGCACAAUCUGUCAAGCUCAACCCAGACCCCUUAAGGAAUUCUGGUCAUUUAAGGACUGGAAGAACGCCUUCCAGGUCUUUCCGAUGCCACAUGAGCACCUCCCUGAAAAGACUUUGCUUAUCAAAACAAAGGUCAGGGAGGUGUAAGUGCAGUCAAUCAAGAGAAGAAGCAAUAAAAGGCAUGGUCAUAGCAGACCUGAAACAGGAAGAAGGUUGUGACAUUGAGGUGGAUGUAGUUUCUGUUACGCUGGUUGCAUCAGUUCCUUUCUGAAACUCAUAAAGCAACCUAUGAGAAAGUCUACAGAUGUUUGGCUUACAACAGUAUUGAAAUAAACAAUAUUUCUAAGUAAGAUCCCAAGAUUCUCUUCAAGGUACUCUGUGUUUUGAUCCUCCUUGCAUUUAUGUCCAAAUAAAUGUGCGGCAACACAGUAAAAAACACUGAAACAAUUGCCAACAUAUCUUCUGAUCUUGAGUGUGAUGGACUUCAGCCAUUUAUUUGUAAGAAAUAAUAUCAUUGAAUAUCACAUUACAUCGAACUCUCAAUUGUGCAAUAUCAGUGAACAGGGUGUAAUUCAUUGCCUCAAAACUUUGUAAACCACUGGAGCCACAAGCUGCAACUUCUUGUGACAGCUGAAGUAAGACACAGUCAUCCAUUGUCCUUCAGGGCUUUUUAUACUGUGCACUGGCUGGAAGUCUUAGUCCAUCUGUGCCGCAUAAAGAUUCAGGGUGACGCAGCCUGUAACCAAGGAGGGACUUUGAGACCGAAAUGGACAAACCCAUCCGUCCUCACGUCCCCUGCAAUGGCUGAGUGUCCUCCCCCAGUGCACUGAAGACGUUCUCUGCAGGACCGUACGCUACAUCCAGUUCCUCUAGCCAAGAACACCACACCCAGGAGUGAAUGUCCUGCCUCCGGCGCCAACCUGUGACCAUCCCUAUGGACACCGUCAAGAUCAUCCAGUCGGAGAAGUUCCCUCGGGAGUGUCCAAUCCCUGUGACCCAGCCUCGCUACGCACCACCUCCCCGUGUGGCCUGGGAUGGAGGAGGUGAGGGCGAGGUGAUUGUUAACCAGGCAUGUGGCGACCUGUCCAUGGAGGUCAAUGGGAACACUGUGGUCCCACCCAGACCCCUAGUGUCUCCUCCUGCCCCCGUCCUCCGCCGUGAAGCCAGUUAUCUUGCCCAGCGCAAGACCAGCACGUCCGACAUCUGCUACCAUCAGUUCCACUACAAGAUGGACAACGUAAUCGUCAACCAGUACGUGCUCCGCUCUUCCUCCACCUCUUCCUCCUCGUCCUCCACCUCCAGUAAUGGCCCAGUAAUGCCAUGCGAACCACUGGACUGCCCCACGUGUGGACACACCUAUAACUUUGCCGGCAAGCGGCCACGUAUCCUGUCCUGUUUGCACUCGGUGUGUGAGGAGUGCCUGCAGAUCUUGUAUGAGUCCUGUCCCAAGUACAAGUUCAUCUCCUGCCCCACUUGCCGCCGCGAAACCGUGCUCUUCACCGACUACGGGCUAGCCGCGCUGGCCAUCAACACCAGCAUCCUCAGCCGGCUGCCACCCGACCCGGCGGGGGCCGUGCAGUGGGGCACCGACGGUGACCGCAGCUGCUAUCAGACGGUCCGCCAGUACUGUCAGUCGGCUUGCACUUGCCACAUUGCCAACCCUCUUUCCUCCUGUGGCAUCAUGUAGACCGGAGACGGCUGAUGACCGGCACAACUCACCCCAAAAGCUAUCCACCUGUGCCCACCAUCUGAAACCUUGAGUCACACACAUCCACCUUCUCCGAAGGGUCACAGAUGAAUCUGUAUAUUUAAUAGCACAGGAUGCUAUGUGGACUUGAAGUGAAAAGGACACUUGUGUGCAAAGACAGAGAUAUGAAAUAUCAGAGUAAAUGUAUUUUAUGUAUAAAAUGAUUUCCCUAUAGCCCUCAAUCUCUUGUUUGGAUGUGUUCGUCAUUGACAUCUCUUUACAUGGGAAUGCCAAGGGAAGUCUAUCUCCCCCCAUACUGGGUAUAAUAAAGACUAAUAAAGAAUUUAAAGUCAAA